AUGAGAAAAAGAAAAAAAGAUAUGGCACCACCAGCUUAUGCUGAUUUAGGAAAACAAGCUCGGGAUGUUUUUGGCAAGGGUUAUCAUUUUGGUUUAUUGAAAUUAGACGUGAAAACCAAGACUGAAUCUGGGGUGGAAUUUUCAUCGGGUUGUGUAUCACAUCAAGACAAGGGUUCAGUUUUUGGAAACCUUGAAACAAAAUAUAGAAUGCCAGAUUAUGGUUUUACCAUAUCUGAAAAAUGGAACACUGACAAUGUACUCGUAACCGAAGCUGUACUACAAGAUCAAAUAGCGAAAGGCUUAAAAUUAUCUGCUGAUUGCAUGAUUGCACCGCAAACUGGUAGUAAAAGUGGUCAUUUAAAAGCGGCAUUUUUGCAUGAAAUCUGUGCAUUAAACGGUGAGCUCGAACUCAGUUCGGAAGGUCAAAAUCUCACAGCAGCAGCUGUCCUUGGGUAUCAAGGUAUAGUAGGGGGAUAUCAAGCCAAGUUUGAUAUAAACGAUUCCAAAAUGAUUGCAAACAAUUUUGCUCUCGGGUUUUUACAUUCUGACUUUGUCUUACACACUGCUGUUAACAAUGGAGAAUUAUACAGCGGAUCUGUUUUUCACAAGGUCACAGAUGUAUUAGAAGCAGCUGUCGAUUUAACAUGGUCCUCGGAUAGCAAUGAAACUCGUUUUGGAAUUGGAUGCAAAUAUGCAUUAGAUGGUAAUGCAUCUGUCAGAGCAAAAGUUAACAAUGCCAGUCAAAUAGGAUUGGGUUAUCAACAGAAAUUGAGAGAUGGAAUCACUAUAACAUUAUCAACUCUUAUCGAUGCUAAAAAUUUCAAUCAAGGUGGACAUAAAUAUGGAAUCGGUUUAGAAAUGGAAGCCUAA